AUGAAUCCCAAUGUGUGGAAUAUCAAAGAGAUUUUAAGCAUCCCAACUGGAUCCAUGUAAGCAUAACUAACCUUAGCCAAGAAGAUAAUCCCCCCCCACAAUUGAUUAAAUAACUGUUAGCUAAGGUGCACUGCAGCAGACAAUUAAUGCAGCUUUCUAAAAUAUAUUAUUAUUGAAAUGUAGCUAGUUAGCAUAAAUGUUUGUGUAGCCCCUAAAAUGAAUUAAGUGUGUGUGUGUUUAUAACAUGUAGUGUGCCCAAGAUCACCAGCAGGAAUGGCGCUACCAGUGACUACUCCAGCUUGACAGACUCACAGUUCCUGUUUGGAUCCCAGUUUUGGCCUGAAAACUCCCAGGGCAUGUCACAGGACAUGGGCUUUUCAAACAGAACAUCUGGUAGCUCACAGUCACAGGAGGUAGGUCUAUUAGCCCCUAUUUUCUUCAACUUGGAAAACCAUCUAAUUUUCUCUUCAUGUCCACCUUUGUUCCUCAGUCCUGAGCUCAGUGAAUGCAUGUAUUUUGCUCACAAUAUGUAGUAUCCCAUCAAUUUAUAACACAACAUUUAGCAAUUCACCUUAUCAGAUGAGCUCAAGAACAAACUCAAAACUUUCUGAGCUUUUCUUUGUUUUAAGAUGAACCGGUCAUUGUGUUUCAGGCAAGUGAGCCAAAGAUUUUAAGCAAUUACCAUUCCAAACCAUUCCUGUUCGGAGACGGAAAGGACAAAGGGAAGGCACCAAGCUUUACAAGUGGCAAAGCAAUUGGCGUACUGGACAGGUUUGAAGAGGACAAGAAAAAGGCAAAAGAAAAGUGUGAGAGGUAGCUGUGCCUUAUGAGUGUCACCUGUUUCUGCAGGGAUUUUAUUGUGUGAAAGAUACAAACAAUAUGAGGUAUGUUGUGGUUUAAUUAUUGUCCUGUCUGUUUUAUCAGUGACAUUCUCACCUCUGGAUUUCUACAAUUUCGUGAAAAACUUGAAAAUGUAAGUGAACAAUCCAGAAUAGUUUUUUGGGGCAGAAUGGUCCUGCUGGUCUGGUACUCAUUUUCAUAAUAACACAAGCAUUUCGCUACACCCGCAAUAACAUCUGCUAAAUAUGUGAAUGUGACCCAAAACAUUUGAUUUGAUUUUCAUAAUAAUGAUAAACCCGUAUGCUAUGUGUGUUUCAGAUUAAGCUCUCUGUAAAUCACAUUGAUGAGAGCACUACAACAGGCAACAAAGAUUUUGCAGAUUUUGCAAAGACAUGUGGGUUGCUUUGAACAAUUUCUCUAAACUUUUAUUAGAAUCUAUUGUGCAUUGCUCAUUAUUAACAUGUUUAUAAAGGAAAUAAUCUCUGGGACCAGUAGAUAGAGUUCAGUAGUGAAAUUAUCUCAUGCAUAUAUUUUAUUUUAGAAAUAUUUGAUCUAAUACCUCGAUUUUGAAAUGAUCAUGAAUGAGCUAUAAUGGGCAGUGUGUACUGUGGCUAUUACUUUUUUUUACAUAGGUCUUGAUUGCUAUGGAAUGGAUUGUGUAUUCAUUGGGGUUACCUUUCAACAUAUUUUACAGUGCAGCAAAACAUAGCCAGUCUGCAGGAUGGCUUUGCACAGCAGUUUGAGGCCAUGCUGAAUAAACUGAGCUCCCAGAAUCAGAUGCUGAAAGAGAUGGAGGACAGCGCUGCCAAGGUGAGGACAGGUGGCAUUUAUAACUCUGUAUUGUCAAGCCUUCGUCCUGAUGUUGAAUUUACACUUAAUGAGAGUCUGUGGGGUGAGUGUGAGAUAACAUAUGACUAGUCUCUCGUGACAAACAAAACAUUAGUUGGCCGGCCGGCACACAAAAUAUUUGAUUCUGGGUGCUGAGAAUACUAUUUGACAUACUUAAUGUUGAUCAUUUCAUGUUAGAUAUCUACAUUUGAUUUUGAGGUCUUUGCUAUUAGUCAUAUAUUGUUGUCUUCUAUUCUGUCCUAGACGGGUGUGGCGACUACAGCACUCGGCUCCCACAUGCAGGGCCUGCAGCAGAAUCUGGAGGUCCUGAGACAUGAGCAGAGCCGAGAUCAAAGCAUGCUAGGAGAAGCCCUGUCCCUUCUAGGCACCUUGGUUUCCCAGCACGGGUCCGAACUCCUCCCCACACCUGUCAGGGUGACAGACAGCACGGUCCAGACAUCCCCAGGACUGGUAGAGAGGUUCUGCCUGGUGAGUGAGGAGAAGAGGUACUUCGAAGGUGUACGUCUCUGUGGUGCGACAGCGGUCACAGCGCCUUGUAAAGCAGUGGCAUCAUGUGGUGUAGGGGAGACGGGAGGAGAGGCAGCAGGGCGGCUGCCCCCUUCAGAUAGAGGACCCAGAGGAGGACCCUCAGAGACAUGUGACCAGGGCCAGGCCACAGCCCCCAGAGCUCUGUACCCUCCUCCUGUGAUGAUGGGGAAGGUGGAGGAGGAUCAGCUGGAGCGGUGUAGCCAGAUGGUGCUGGAUGAGCCGGCUAAGACUUCCUGGCAGGGGGUGUACCCAUACCGCACAUGCUCUACCGCUGUGACUCAUGAACCAGGAAGAGGUGCCACAGCCCUACACUAUCCUAUGCAGGGCCUACAAGACCCCAGCACAUCGGGGGGCGCUCCAGCUCUACAGUACCCCAUGCAGGGCUUUCAGAACCCCAGCAGAGCCUACGCGCUUCUACAGGACGUGACCAUCAGGAGCACCCGCACCAUCAUGAACCCCCACUGCGACCCGGAGCAGAGCAGCCAGCCCGACCACAGCGAGCCUGCAGCGGUCCCCUCAGAGAGCCCCAGGGGCAGGAGCACCAUGGCUGGACGUAGGUUCACCCAGAGAGGCCAGGGACAGAGGAAACAGCCCUUCAGAAGCAGGAGGAGGGCACUGAUGCCACCACAGACCAGGAGUAACGGUGGAUUAGCGGGCAGGGGUCGGGAUGAGAACCGACAGCCCCUCAAAAACCAAAGGAGGCAGGGAGCUGGAUCGACUGGCAAGGAGCAGCAUGAUCCCAACAGGAUGGAAAUGGACACACUCAAACCAGAAGCGCAGAAACGACAGCAGGACAAGGAGGAAAAGUCUAAGAAAGCUACUGGAGGCUACCGCAACCCUUUCAGCUUGUGGUCCCAGGAAAGUAACAGCUCUGUGUGCGGGGCCACAGGGAACAACGCCAGGCCUGCCUGGGAAAAGACACCAUCGCCACCAUCGCCCCAGGCUGUCUCAAAGAGAAACAGAGGCUUAUGGCAGCUGUUUGACAUGAACUGUGAUUCUGACUGA